AUGGACUUACUGUGCGAACCGAGCUCUCCGGCUGCUCCACCCCGAAGGACACCGUAUGUGUGUACGGAGGAUUGGGACGGCGGCCCGUUCCUAACUUAUGCGGUGCGGAAGGGCAUGGCCCGGGUAGUCCCUCCGCGCCUCAGACACUUGUGCGCAGAUGCUGCAAAUGAGCCAUAUCUUGAACUCAUUCACCCCACGCCAAAAGAGAAGAUUCAGCCAGUUCUGCAGACAUGGCUUUGGUUUGGGCUGUUUGCCGAGAUGCUUGGCUUGAACGAGACCAGCCCCGGCCAUCGCAUGGUUGAAGAUGCCCUCGCUGCCGAGGAGAUUCGGAAAUUGUACGAUGUUUGCGUAUAUGCCGCUGAAGAAGACGGUAAUAGGUAUAUCAGUGCCAAGGCAGUGUUGGAAUCAUCGCAAAUCAUGACUGAGAGAAUGAAGCUUGUGCCCGACAAGCGCGAGAGAUUCACGUACAUGCGUGAUUGCCUUCAAUUUGCCAGUUUGAUGACGCCCUCUAUCACAGAUUUAGAUGAAACAGUGCGAUACUCGAUAUGCGCUCUGGGAGAGUACUUCACCACAGGGUUAUUUCAAGCUAUUGUGCUGUCGAACCCCAAGGUAGACGUUCCUGGUGUAUUAUUUAGCUGGCAUCAAAACUACAUGCGGUCUGGAGGUACUAUGGACAAACAAAUGCUCCAACAAGGAUGGUGCCCAAGCGAGAUUGAGAAGCUACGAUCCCAGUUUAAUGGACUUCAUACGAUGCAUCAUAUAGCACAGCUGCAGAGGCCGAAUGCCAACCAAGAUCAUUCGAACUGUACUAGUCAUCUAUGCACAGCUUUCCAGAUGGAUAUAGAGACUUAUAAGCCUUCACAUCUGUCUCCUGGCUGUACCUGUGACCUUAUUGGCAUUGACGAGAGAGCGACGUCGUUAAUUCUCCGUAGUACGGACACUUAUCCUAUCAUACGCUUUGACCAGAUAGGAGAUGGAGUAGAUGAUUUUGAGCUGGUGGUGGAACCAUACGAGCCGGGCGUCCCCUAUGUCGCUCUCUCUCAUGUUUGGGCCAAUGGCCUAGGAAACCCAAAGGCCAACUCUCUGCCAAGAUGCCAGAUAAAACACGUCGCUCAGUUAAUAGCCUCGAUGCAGGCCGAAGUAGAGACUGGUAAUGCAGAAUACAGGACCCAGUACCGAAUGUGGAUUGACACUCUUUGCUGCCCUGUUGAGCUUGAAGGUAAACUGAUUGCACUCGAGAGGAUUGCCAGUGUAUACCGAAAUGCAGCUCAUGUUCUUGUUCUUGACGCUUCUUUGACCGGAUUCGAUCCUCAGGACACUCAUCCGGCCGAGUUGAUGUUGCGCGUAUACGGAGCUUCUCCCUGGAUGAGACGGCUAUGGACUCUUCAAGAAGGGGCACUGACAAAAAGCCUAUAUGUUCAAUUUGCAGAUAAAGCCGUGAAUUGCUAUGCGCUACUCCUCAAACUCUGGACCGCAGCCAAUGGCGAUCCACGUUACAUGAAAAUUUUCCAAGAUAUCGUGGGUGCAUACAAUGAACUUCAGGGCUUUUUCAGUGGAAGAGAGGGUCCAACCAACAACCAGUCGCUCCUUGUUACCCUCCAACGAGCACUAGUGUUCCGAACAGUAUCUGUGCCAUCAGAUGAACCGCUCUGUAUCUCUACUUUGAUGAACCUCGACACAAAGUACAUUGCUGCAGCUCCAGAUGCCGAAACCCGAAUGGCCCGCGUCUGGGAAUUAAUAAACAAGUCGCAGGGCGGCAUUCCCAGCCGAGUCAUAUUCUAUCUAGAUGAAGUGCUGAGCAUACCCGGAUGGCGCUGGGCUCCCCGAAGCCUAUUGAGCUCGGCGGCUAAAGAUUCUGUCUUGAGUAUUGACGAGCGCAUGUUACGUUUGGUUGCAGAUGCCAACAACCAGGGUAUUCCGACUCCCUUGGGCCUAAAAGUUGCUCUACCAGGAUGUCGUCUUCUUCCACGCCCCCUGGUAGACGGGCUUCCCUUGCAUCCCUGGCCUGGAGCCAUUAAUGCGACGGAAGAUCAAGUCAUUCUUCAAGAUACAAGGAGUGAGAAAUGGUGGCGGAUACUGGAUUGGUACCGCAGCAAGAAAAUUGCGUCUUGGACAGCCGAGGAGCUGAGGGCUUUUGACAGAGAGCAAAACCAUCCUCUUUGUGGAGAGGUAGAUUCCGGGAAAUGCGUAUUGAUUUAUGAUGAAAAAGCGAGGUAUGGCCAGACGGUAGUGGCAUGUAUGGGUCAGAUCGAAGAGGUUGGGGAAGAUUUCGAACACGCAUCGAUUACAUCUUCAGAGCUACAAGCUGGUCUAAAUAUCCAUCGAACAAGGGCCGUGAUCAUGUCGGCUCUAAGCGAUGAAGAAUUACGAAUGAUGACAAUUUUCCGGGAAAUGGCCAGGUUUAUAGCAAUGGAUCAAGAAACGUCUAGCCUACAAACUAUUGAUAAUCGUGAAAGCCAGGAUUGGAAGAGCUGCAUGGCAAAGAUCAAGGACAAGAUGAAAGAGGCCGUGGCGGAAACAUGGAAAUCCAAGCCAGAGGUAAGACAAACAGUUGAAAACACCAUCGGCCUUGAAUUGGAGGAGUACAUGUGGGCUUUUAUUCCAAAAAUCUUUUCUCACGAUGUCAUGAUGGAGGAGACGCCAAGCGAACAGCUUUGGUUCGUCGACUAG